AUGGAGAAGGACCGCCUCGAGGAACACCUUUACGCGAGGAAGCUUCAGGUCGAGAAGGACUCGGCGGCUUACUGGCACCAGAAGAGAUUGAACAUCACGGACAAGAACGCGAUCCUCGAGUUGGAACACUCGGGAGAACUCGUCAAGGAACAGUGCGACGCCGUUCGAGCAGGACCUCGGAACUGCGACAGGUUCUCCCGCUACCGCUCCGCCGACGGGACCUGCAAUAACCUGAAGAACCCGACUUGGGGCGCCACCUUCACGCCCCACAGACGGUUCGCUGGGCAGGACUACGGGGAUGGCGUGUCCAGCCUCCGGAAGGCGACUGCCGGCGACGCCCUCCCGAACGCCCGCCUCGUCAGCCUCGCCGUCAGUAGCCGCCCAGGGCCGCCCUCGACCUCCUUCUCUUACCUCCACUUGAGCUUCGGGCAGUUCCUCGACCACGACCUCGUCUCACGCCCUUGGUUCCAGGUACGAGGGUGGGUGGGGGCACCCUACGGCGGCGCCAUCGCGUGCUGCCCCGAGGCCCUAGGUGGAGACGCGUCCCUGGUCCACCCCGAGUGCGCCCCCAUCGACCUCCUCGCCGACGAUCCCUUCUACGGCGCCUUCGGCCAGACCUGCAUGGAGUUCCUUCGCUCCGCCCCCGCCACGCGAUGCCACUUCGGACCCAGGGAGCAGAUGAACGAGAUAACGCCCUACCUCGACGGGUCUGGGAUCUACGGCUCGGACCUGCAGACGAUGGACUCCCUCAGGGCCUUCAGGGGCGGGAAGCUCCUCCUGCAGGUCACGGGCGAGGGCGUGGAGCUCCUGCAGCCGAAGAAGGACCUAGACGACGGCUGCAACAACCCCCUGAGGGCGGGCAUCGGCCAGUUUUGCUUCAAGGCGGGAGACAAGCGAGUGAACGAAAACCCGACACUCACGGUCUUCCACCUGCUGUUCGCCCGCCACCACAACCUCGUAGCGAGUCGCCUUCAGCAGCUCAACCCUUGCUGGGGCGACGAGGAGCUGUUUCAGGAGAGCCGGAGAGUCGUGGUGGCGCAGUUCCAGCAUAUCGUUUACAGCGAAUAUCUCCCGACGGUCCUGGGGGAAAAGGCGAUGAGGGAGUACCAGCUGGGGUCCCUGACGGGGAAGCAGAAGAGGAACGACUACGACCCCCGGAGGAGCGCCGCGGCGAGCACCGAGUUCGCGACCGCCGCCUUCCGCUUCGGCCACAGUCAGAUCCCGGACCUCAUCGAGCGCAAGGACGCCGCCGGGGAGGUCACGGCGACGGCGCUGUCCUCCGAGAUGCGGAAUCCCUUCUCCCUGUACGCGAAGGGGGCGGCGACGACCCUGCUGCGCGGGACCGGCGCUCAGAACGCCAGAGAAGUGGACUCGCUUUUCGCUGAGGAGAUCACGGGGAAAUUAUUUCGUUCCAACAAGCCCUUUGGUCUCGAUCUGGUGGCCCUGAACGUCCAGCGAGGGCGUGACCACGGCGUGCCAGGGUACACGACCUUGCGGGCGGUCUGCGGCGGCGACAAGGUCAAGGUCAGGAAUUUCGAGGACUUGGCCGAGGACAUGGAUCUGGGUGUGAUUGACAGCCUGAAGAGCGUGUACAGUCACGUGGAUGACAUCGACCUCUUCAUUGGCGGGAUGUCGGAGCGGCCCCUCCCCGGCGGGCUCCUUGGCCCCACCUUCACCUGCUGCAUCCUCGCCGACCAGUUUUACCAGAAUCCGUCGAGGGGACCGUACUGGUACGAGACCUCCAGCACGGAUACUGCGUUCCGGGAUGACCAACUCGAGGAGCUUCACAAGACGACCUUCGCUGGCCUCCUGUGCGGCGCCUUCCCCGAGCUGCAGGCCAUCCAGAAGAGGCCCCUGGAGGUCGCUUCGUCAGAGAACCCGCUGGUGUCCUGCGGCCGCGUGCCCUCCGUUGACCUCAGGCCCUGGAAGGCAUGAGAGAGAGGGCGGCUCGAGAUGAGGAGGUCGAAGCGGAGAGAAAGAGAGAUUUUAGACGUGCUCGAAGG